AUUUACCCAGAUCUACACUGACUGUGAGACCAGACAGUCCUGUAUUCACUGGAGAGACAGUCAGUCUGACGUGUGUGAUUGAGUCUGACAGUAACUGGAGACAGAGAAUUGGCCUGACAUAUUACCAGAGGUCUGACUGGAGAUAUUACCAGACACCUGAGUGGAGAUAUGAGUGGUAUAAAGGCAGAUACAGUGUAAUGUUACAGACGUCUAAGCGUUACAUUGUAAACAGAGACACUCUCACUAUCAGAGGAGCUACUGAGUCUGAUCAGGGUCAGUACUGGUGUAGAGGACAGAGAUAUAAAAGACCAAACUCAUCACAAUCAAGCUCUGCUGUUUCUCUCAAUGUGACGGAUUUACCCACAUCUUCACUGACUGUGACUCCAAACAGUGUUUUUGCUGGAGAGAGAGUGAGUCUGAAGUGUGUGAUUGAGUCUUACAGUAACUGGAGAUAUGAGUGGUAUAAAGACAGCACUAAAGUGUCUGAGCGUCACACUGGAAACACUUUCACUAUUGAACGAUCUAAAUCAUCUGAUGAGGGUCAGUACACGUGUAGAGGACAGAGAAACGGAAGACCAAACUCAUCACAAUCAAGCUCUGUUUCUCUCUCAGUGAUGGAUUUACCCAGACCUACACUGACUGUAACUCCAGACAGUCCUGUAUUCACUGGAGAGAGAGUCAAUUUGACGUGUGUGAUUGAGUCUGAUUACAGUAACUGGAGAUAUGAGUGGUAUAAAGGCACAGACAGAGUAAUGCCACAUACGCCUGAGCGUUACACUGUAAACAGAGACACUCUCUCUAUCAGAGGAGCUACUGAGUCUGAUCAGGAUCAGUACAUGUGCAGAGGACAGAGAGAUGAAAGACCAAAAUCAUCACAAUCAAGCUCUGUUUCUCUCACUGUGAUGGAUUUACCCAGACCUACACUGACUGUGACACCAAACAGUCCUGUAUUCACUGGAGAGACAGUCAAUUUGACGUGUGUGAUUGAGUCUUACAGUAACUGGAGAUAUGAGUGGUAUAAAGGCACAGACAGUGUAAUGUUACAGACGUCUGAGCGUUACACUGUAAACAGAGACACUCUCACUAUCAGAGGAGCUACUGAGUCUGAUCAGGAUCAGUACUGGUGUAGAGGACAGAGAGAUGAAAGACCAAACUCAUCACAAUCAAGCUCUGCUGUUUAUCUCACUGUGAUGGCACUGAAUUAG